AUGGACGAACCAAUGGAAGACGCCCCCUCGGCCGUCUUCAUCCCACCCUCCAUCAACGAAUCCGCCCUCCUCGCCGGCGACUCCUACAGCUAUUUCUCCGAAGUCCCACCCUCGCUUCUCCCGCCGCCACCAUCAGCGACCGCAACUCCCGGCACGGCCCCCCUCGGGCCCCCAUGUGUCUUAGGCAUCGACGAAGCCGGCCGCGGCCCAGUCCUCGGACCCAUGGUCUACGGCGUCUUCUACCUCCCUCUCCCACUCUCCGACCCCCUCCUCCGCGACACCCACCACUUCGACGACAGCAAAGUCCUCACCCCCGCCGUGCGCGCCUCACUCAUGCAAACCCUCUGCACACCCACAACCGACCUGUACGACUCAUGCGGCUGGGCGAUCCGCGCGCUCUCGGCACGCGACAUCAGCGCGGGCAUGAUCCGCCCCGCGAGCAGCGCGGUGUACAAUCUCAAUGCGCAGGCUAUGGACGCGACGGUGGAGCUGAUCAAGGGUGUGCUGGAUCGUGGGGUGAAUGUGAAAGCGAUUUACGUGGAUACCGUCGGGCCGCCCGCGACACACCAGGCUAAGCUGGAGCGAGCGUUUCCGGGCGUGGACUCGAUCACUGUGGCGAAGAAGGCGGAUAGCUUAUACCCGUGUGUGAGCGCGGCAAGUGUGUGCGCGAAGGUGACGAGGGAUGUGGCGCUGGAGACGCUGUGGAGUGCGAGGGGGAAGAAGGGUCACGAGGGGGCGAACGACGAAAAUGACGAGGCUAUGGCUUGGGGAUCUGGGUACCCCUCGGAUGCGCGCUGUGUGGGCUGGCUCCGCGGCAACAUGCACCCCGUCUUCGGUUGGGGUCCCGAGUGUCGCUUCAGCUGGGGCACCGCCAAGGAUAUGAUGGAAGCGGCGGCCUCGAAAGGCGGCGCCGUUAAUGUGGACUGGCCUAUUGAGGAAGACGGUGACAGUCAUCGUGUCACUGACUUUUUUGUCUCGGCAGACCAGGGAGGAGGUGGUGGUGGUGAUGAGUUGGAAACUUGGUUUGGGGCUCCGACUGGGUUAGAGGCGUUUUAG